GUGGCCAGUGGCUGAAAUCUUCACACCACCACAGUAACCUCCCUCGCUUCUGCCCAACCGUCCCAGGCGUUCAUCGAUCUGUAAGCCUUCAUCUCGGCCAAGAUGUGUGAUCAGACCUUCCUGGUUAACGUGUUUGGCUCAUGUGACAAGUGCUUCAAACAGAGAGCCCUGAGGCCUGUUUUCAAGAAAUCUCAGCAGCUCGACUACUGCUCCACAUGCGCCGAGAUUAUGGCAACCGAUGGGCUGCACGAGAACGAGACGCUGGCGUCGCUGAAGAGCGAGGCUGAGAGCCUCAAGGGCAAGCUAGAGGAGGAGCGGGCAAAGCUGCAUGACGUGGAGCUACACCAGGUGGCUGAGCGGGUGGAGGCCCUGGGCCAGUUUGUCAUGAAGACCAGAAGGACCCUCAAAGGCCAUGGGAACAAAGUCCUGUGCAUGGAUUGGUGCAAAGACAAGCGGAGGAUUGUGAGCUCCUCACAGGAUGGGAAGGUGAUUGUCUGGGAUUCCUUCACUACUAACAAGGAGCACGCGGUCACCAUGCCUUGCACCUGGGUGAUGGCUUGCGCUUACGCCCCAUCUGGCUGUGCCAUUGCUUGUGGUGGUCUGGAUAACAAGUGUUCCGUGUAUCCACUGACAUUUGACAAGAAUGAGAACAUGGCUGCCAAGAAGAAGUCUGUCGCUAUGCACACCAACUACCUGUCUGCCUGCAGCUUCACCAACUCGGACAUGCAGAUCCUGACAGCCAGUGGUGAUGGCACAUGUGCCCUGUGGGAUGUGGAGAGUGGACAGCUGUUACAGAGCUUCCAUGGGCACGGAGCUGACGUCCUCUGCUUGGACCUGGCCCCCUCAGAAACGGGAAACACCUUCGUGUCUGGGGGUUGUGACAAGAAGGCCAUGGUGUGGGACAUGCGAUCCGGCCAGUGUGUGCAAGCCUUUGAAACUCAUGAAUCUGAUGUCAACAGUGUCCGGUACUACCCCAGUGGAGAUGCUUUUGCUUCUGGGUCAGAUGAUGCCACGUGUCGCCUCUAUGACCUGAGGGCAGAUAGGGAGGUUGCCAUCUACUCCAAGGAGAGCAUCAUAUUUGGAGCAUCGAGCGUGGAUUUCUCCCUCAGUGGUCGCCUGCUCUUCGCUGGGUACAAUGACUAUACCAUCAAUGUCUGGGAUGUUCUCAAGGGCUCCCGGGUCUCCAUCCUGUUUGGACACGAAAACCGUGUUAGCACUCUGCGAGUGUCUCCUGAUGGGACAGCAUUCUGCUCAGGAUCGUGGGAUCACACCCUAAGAGUUUGGGCAUAGUCCUCUCACAGCGUUCGAGAAGAGCAUAUGUCCUCCCGUGUAGAUAUGACGUCUCAAUGAGCCCAGGUUAGCUUAUGGGAGCAACGUCACAGCUCGGCACUCACUCACCCUGUCCAGUGUCUCCAUGAAAUCUGCCCCCUCCCUGGAAAUACUUGGAUAGGCGCUGGCACUUCAACUAUACCUUCAAGCCCUUCUUUCAUCUCAAAAAACUCUGUGAAAUUUUGUCUGUUUUUGAAGUUAUUCCAGCCAGUAGAAUUCCACAUUUGUCAGCAUUUCAAACAUCCCUCGUUGCUUCCUUGAAUCUAGUCUGUCUUCAGAGCACUUUAAACUCUACCUUUCUUGGUGUGGACUAUGGCUUCUAGAGCCAUCCUCGGGAUGUACUGGUUAUGUGGACUGUAAGAAUGACUGUUCACUGGUCUAUAAUAGAGGAAAUUCUAGUUCCAGAUGUAACUACACAGAAUCACUUUUUAAAACUGUUUUUAGGUAAAAGUAUCUUUUUUCAACCUGUUCAGUUGUCCUUUUUUUUUUUUUUUUUAAAGAUAAUAUGCCUUUUUGGUUUUGGGGGCAAUGGGAAGGUCUGGGGAGGCUUUGGAAAUGAAACAGACACAUGUAGAAAACAGGCUGUAUAUUUGACUUGUGGUAAACAGCAGUCUGGGGCUGAGCAUCCCCCACACUUGAGGGGAAACUGGUUGCCAUUCCAGCACAAACACUGCAGAGAGCAAACAGAACCUUCUGGCGUGGGAAGACAGGUCACUAAAUUGAUUUGAAAGCCUGCUAGUAGUGUUAUCAGAAAUGCCUAAGAUAAAGUAUGUGUUGUUCCUAUAAAUUAUAUUUGAAUGUCCCGCACAGCAGUUGUACUUACACAGACUGAUGGGCAGGCCAUGAAUAAUAAUGGUUUUGCUAUCCAA